UUAAUGUUACUGAAAUGAGAGAAGAAGAAGAAGAAGAAGAAUAGGAGGAGGAGGAGGAGGAGGAGAAGCAGCCAGGAAGGGAAGCGAGCAAGGUGAAUCCUCUGCACUGUGAGUUCAUACCAGGUUUGCAUUCUGACCGGCAGGCCAAUGUAAGUCGUGUUGAGUGACUGCGUGUGAAAGAGGGACCAUCACCAUCCUCAUGUCCAAUGGAGGAGGCUUUUACGGACGCACUGAGCGCGUCCGCCAGUCGCCGUUCUACGACCAGGUGCCCCUGGGCUCGUUGCCCCGAUCAGACUCCUACGACCUGCUGAGAGACCCGAGAGCGGCUCCCCUCGCCCGGAGCGCCGACCCCCUCCCUCCGCCGCCUCUGCCGGACCAGCCUCCCGUUGGCCCCGAGUUCGACCCCAGUGGCAGCGAGGGCGACGUGGACCCGGACCACGACCCGGCUCUGGACAUCAAACCGGUCCACCGUUUCAUCCCCGACUCCUGGAAGAACUUCUUCAGAGGGAGCAACCGCGGCAGUGACCACCCCAGCUCCAUGCUGGACGACUCGUGUAAGAACAACAACAACAGCAGCAGUGACGGGGUGCGCUGCUCACCACCACAGUCCCCCUCCAUUCCAGGGUCGUACCGGGAUCCGUAUGGCGGCUCAGGCAGCAGCUACAACUCGCGCAAGGAGCUCCUGGAGCUACGGGAUGUCCACGAGUCCGAGUCGGGUCGCACCCACCACACAGGUCUGACCUACAGCGAGCGGGUGGAGGAGUACCAUCUGCGGUACGGCUACAUGAAGUCCUGGGCCGGGCUGCUGAGGAUUCUGGGAUGCGUGGAGCUCCUGCUGGGGGCCGCCGUGUUCGCCUGCGUCUGCGCUUACAUCCACAAAGACAACGAGUGGUUCAACAUGUUCGGGUACUCGUCUCCCGGAGGAGGGUACGCCGGAAGCGCGUAUGGUGGCAUCACAGGCGGGUCCUACUACUCGGGCCCCAAGACGCCGUUCGUGUUGGUGGUGGCAGGGCUGGCCUGGCUGGUGACUGUGAUAGUUCUGGUGCUGGGGAUGACCAUGUACUACCGGACCAUCCUGCUGGACUCGUCCUGGUGGCCUCUGACGGAGUUCACCAUAAACCUGGCGCUGGCUGUGCUCUUCAUGGCAGCGGGCAUCGUCUACGUCAGAGACACGACCCGCGGAGGCCUCUGCUCAUACCCGGUCUUCAACAAUGGCAUCAACGGGGCGUUCUGCAGAACGGAGGCGGGCCAGAUCGCCGCCAUCAUCUUCCUGUUCGUCACUCUGGUGGUGUAUCUGAUCGGAGCCGCCGUGUGUCUCAAGCUGUGGAGGCACGAAGCUGCACGCAGAUACCGGGAGAAGCACGGCCACGAGAUGUAUCCCUCGGACACGCGAGUUGCACAAUCAUUGGUGGCUCCGGUUUCAGCUCCGAUACACAGAUCUCCGGUGCAGGUCGAAGGCUCCUCGGUGGUUCCCAUCAAAUCUGCUCCAAAAGCUGUUCCACUGCACAUUCUACAGGGAGCCAUUCCAUCAGGACACAUUCCAAAACCUGUUAUUGUACCAGACUACAUCGGGAAGUACCCGACCAUCCGGUCCGACGAGGAGCGGGACCAGUACCGAGCCGUGUUCAACGACCAGUACUCGGAGUACAAAGAGCUCCACUCGGAGGUGCAGGUGACCCUCAAGAAGUUUGAUGAGAUGGACGCCAUGAUGCACAGUCUGCCUCAGAAUCCGUCCAGCCAGAUGGAGGUGGAUCGCAUUAACAGAAUCCUUCAGGACUACCAGAGGAAGAGAAAUGACCCGACUUUCCUGGAGAAGAAGGAGCGCUGCGAGUACCUGAAGAGCAAACUGUCGCACAUCAAACAGAAGAUCCAAGAGUACGAUAAAGUGAUGGAGUGGAACGACGGCUUCACCUGAACAUCUGGACCUCUGGACACAAACACAGAACCACAACUGGAGGUGAUGAAGAGACAUUUUAAGUGGAGAGUAAACAGGAGCUCUUUUAAAUCCAUACAUCCAUCUAUUGAUCGUUUUUCUGGUGGAGAAUCGGAUAAGAAAAUCGUUUCUACUCGUUAGCUUAGCUUAGCACAAAGACUGGAAGCGGAGGGAAAAAGCUAGCUUUGCUCUGUUAGGAGAACAACAACUCUAAAUAUUAGAAAUGUACUUGUUACGUCCUGAUCAAGUGUAAAAAAAAAAUCACAUUUAGACUUUUUAAAGAUUUUCAUUUAAAAAAAAUCUGUUGCUGAAGAAGUUAACACAAUGGUGUUUUAGUGACUGAUCUGAUAUUUACUUUUUUUUAAUUUUACAAUCAAAGACCCCAGAAUAAAGAUCUCUGAGAACAAUUCAAUUGUUUUCACUGAAAUAGAAAUUCUAAAUCAACCAGGACUGAAAUCUUAAGGAUUGAUACUCAAAGAGGAGUUAUGUGGAGGACUAUUUUCUUAGAAAUAGAGAUAGCUCAUCAAAUAAUCUGCAACAAAACAGAAAAUUUACAUUUUUUACUUAAUUAACAAGCUUUAAAGUUUCUGUUGGCAGUUUGGACGGAGCCAGGCUAGCUGUUUCCACCCGUUUCCAGUCUUUAUGCUAAGCUAACUGUCUCCUGGCUGUUUAAAUUAUACUUAAAUGAUUUUAGAGAACUAAAAAUCCUCUCAUCUAACACUACAGCUGAAAGCAAAUAACUGUUUUCCCCCAAAAUGUCACACUAUUUCUUUUUAAAAUGGUCUGAAUAUGCAAAUAACUGUGUUUAUAUAUAUAUAUAUAUAUAUAUAUAUAUAUAUGUGUGUGUGUGAUACUGUGACUGUGAUUGUAGCCGAUGCUCACUGCUUAAACUCAUAAAUGACACUGGUAUCCGAUGUGAAUGUUUGCAUGCAUUAUGCCGUGAAAAAAGCCUAACUAUAACAAUAUAAGUCGCUGCAUUGUUUCUUACACUGUUUACCUUCGCUGUGAUGUAAAUUUCACAAAUCAAAAACGCUGCUUGUCCCAAAUAAUCUGCAUUUAGUUGGUUUACUGAACUAAUUGUUUUAAUUGCACACUGUGUCUUUUUUUUAAACUGUUUGUCUCAAUCUGGAAAUAUUCAUGUCUUAUUUUAUAACUUUAAAUGUUGUGACACUGUUCUACCAUUUCACACAGAUUAAACAUUUUGUACUUUUAAAGUCACUUAAGUGCCUAAAUAUCCGUUUAAUCUUCUUUAUACUGUGUAAACGUUGGACCUCGUGAUUGCCAGGAAAUGAUAUCAUGAAAGUCUGUGUUUUCCUCAUGUCAUCAAGUACUUGUACUUGUUGCUGUAAAUGUCCUUAUUGUUUCAUAAUUUAAAGUGAUUAUUUGGUGCUUUCUGUCUACAGAAUACAGUUUUGCUUCUGCACUGAUGGUUUGUGGUUUCCUCUUAUUUGAUCAGCAGACAAAGUUUAUUUUACUGGAAAAAGGGAAUGAAGAAAAACCUUUGAAAAAAGAUAAACGAAACAUAAAUAAUAAAAUUCAGGUCACUUGUUUGAAUCGUUUUUCAAGAAAAAUGUCGAAAAUUCUCAUCUCCAGUCUUUCAAAUGUGAAGAUUUGUUGCUUUUCUUUGUCUUUUAUGAUGUUUAAACUGUGUUUUGGACGUUUGUUGGUACAAAACAAGCUAUUGAAAAAAAUGUAUGGACCAAACCAUCAAUUAGUUGAGUAAAUAACUCAAUUAACUGGUAAUAAAAAGAUUUGUUAGUUGCCGCCCUUAACUCAGUAAUUAAU